AGGUGUCGUUGUGCUCUGAUUCACGUGAUUACGCUUUAUUUCUCACGCAUGCGCACCUGAGGGGAACAGUCACGCUGGUGGCAGAGAAACCCACGAAAGAAAAGCUGUUAUCUGCUCUGGAUAAUAUUGACGUUUUAUCCAGAGAGCUGAUAGAGAUGUUGGCACUUUCCAGGACACAGAAGCUGCCCCACCUUGGAGAGGAGACACAGAUUUUGGAGCUGUUAGUGCAGAGAGAUAAAGAGUUUCAGGAGUUGUUGCAGAUGGCAGUGGAGCAGGGAAGAGUGCACCAAGAGAUGCAGACACUGGAGAAGGAAGUUGAGAAGAGAGACAGUGAUAUCCAGCAGCUCCAGAAACAACUCAAAGAGGUGGAGCAUAUACUGGCCACUGCUGUCUACCAAGCCAAAGAGAAACUGAAGUCUAUUGAAAAGGCCAGAAAAGGGAGUAUUUCUUCAGAGGAGAUUAUCAAGUAUGCUCACAGGAUUAGUGCCAGUAAUGCAGUUUGUGCUCCUCUUAACUGGGUUCCAGGUGACCCACGCAGGCCGUACCCCACUGAUCUGGAAAUGCGCAGUGGAAUGCUGGGUCACAUGAGCAACAUGUCCACCAAUGGAGUGAACGGACACCUGCCCGGAGAUGCAUUGGCUGCUGGAAGAUUACCAGAUGUGCUAACCCCACAGUAUCCUUGGCAGUCCACCGAUGUUUCCAUGGGGAUUCUGCCUCCUCGCCAUGGCAACGAUUUUGGCCUUGAGCCACCUGGUCAUAACAAGGAAAAUGAAGAUGAUGUCGAGGCCAUGUCAACAGAUUCCUCCAGCAGCAGCAGUGACUCAGACUGAGUGUGUGUGCUGCAUGCAAGAUGUGCGGGCAGUUACCAGAGUAAUAGUCUGGAGAAAGUCCGAUGUCUUCAUCAUUUUAACUCGUCUCAGUGAUUCCGGAGAUCCAGAAGAUGGCAUCAUCUACACAGAACUGCACCUGUCCUUUCUUCAUUCUCUGCAAGUUUUAUUGGGCCGGAUAUGAAAUAUCAAUAUGAUUAUAACUGUUAUAACCAUUUUACAGAAGCCUACAGUUAUCAUUUGUUUGUAUUAUUCUAAAGUCCCACUGGCCUCAUAAAAGUCACUGACGUUUCCUGAUUGUGUGGAGUGUGACAGGCUGAUUUGCAUAUAUUUGCAGUCUAGUGGAAAUGAGUAUGUUGAAAUUUGUGGUUUACACGGCUGGAAUAUAAAUAGUAAUGUAAAUACCUUUUCACUUUCAGACACUGUAAAUAAAACUUUUUUUUAUGAU